CCGGAAGUUAUGCAUCAGCUGAUUCUCGUGUUGGUCUGUGUCGUCAUUUAAACGCGACAGCGCUGCUGCACGCGAGAUCGAGGCUCAGCUGUUUUUAAUCCGUGUUGAUGAAGAUUUAACGUCAAAUUGAAGGGAUCAGACAGCAGAGAGAUGGAGAGAAGAGAGGAGGAGGAGAAGACUACAGAGGAGGAGGAGGGAGCAGCUGCAGUCAGAGCUGAUGAAGAUGAUGAAGAUGCUGGGAUGAAGAAGACGACCAGAUGCAAACGUGUUGGAGCGACUUCCUCCUCAGACCACAGGUGUGUUCCAGGUAUCAUCUACCUCGGUCACAUUCCUCCAAGGCUUCGCCCCAAACACCUUAGGAACCUGCUGUCAGUUUACGGAGAGAUCGGACGAGUAUUCCUACAACCUGAGGAUGGCCAGGUAAGGAGGAGGAAGAAGAAGUCUGGUUUGAGGAGGUGUGACUUCACUGAGGGAUGGGUAGAGUUCAGAGAUAAACGAGUGGCAAAGAGAGUGGCAGCGUCGCUCCACAACACGCCGAUGGGAACCAGGAAACGCCAACGCUUUGCCUCCGACCUGUGGUGCAUUAAGUACCUGCACAGGUUCCAGUGGACUCACCUGAGUGAACGGCUGGCCUACGAGCAGACGGUUCUGCAGCAGAGACUCAGGACUGAAAUUUCUCAGGCGAAGAAAGAAACAAACUUUUACCUGAAUAAUGUGGAGAAAAGUGCUCACCUGGACAACCUGAGGAGGAAGAGACAGAGAGACAGACAACAGGUGGAGGAGAAGAUGUGGGACUUCACCCAGCGUCGGACGGAGGAGGAGAUCCAGAUGAAGAAGAAGAGGAAAGACUCUGUUACCCAGAAGCACAUCAAUAAGGCCUGCCUCAUUCAGCAGAAGAGCCAAUCAAAUGUCUCCCUGCUGACCAAGAUCUUCAACUCCAACCAAUCAGAGUGACGGCACAGAGCCAUCUGAUUGGCUGGACAGGACGCAGAUUGUGACAAACUAGCGCUGACACAGCCACCUUCACGAACCAAUCACAGGCCAGUCUGAGCUCAGAGCAGUCAACUGAUCUGAUUGACUGACUUAUUGAUUGAUUAACUUAACAAGCUUGUUAACUCCUCUGUACUCAUCUUAACGAGCAUGUUAGAUUAUUUCAGACGUGUUUUUCAGAUCAUUUGUAAACUGUUGUAAUAAAAGUUUAACUGUUUACUGACCUUUAA